AAGAAGGAGAGCGCAAGCGCUUGGGUAUCUGCUUCCUGUGGCCACCACUUCCCCUUCCGCUCCCUCUAUGCUCUUCUCUGCUCUUUUUGCCCUCUCUUGCUGGUCUUUGGUGCUGCCAUCAUUGUCCGUUGCCAAGCCGCUGCCAUGGGCGGGACGCGAUGUGACAAAAGAUGCACCCUAUACCGUCCCCGUCUCCACGCUCUCGUCUGCCAUCGAGUGCCCCUCUUCGACGCCCAUCGGUGAUGCACCCGGCGGCGUCGUUCUCCUCGUCCACGGCACAGGGUCCACCGGUGAGGAGAGCUGGGGCUCCACACCGUACGCUUCGCUCCUCCCCCAACUCUCGCCCGGGUUCGACAUUUGCUGGAUCACACUGCCCGGCCGUUCGCAGGGCGACAUCCAAGUGAGUGCCGAAUACGUCGCCUACAAUGUUGCACCACUGGCCUCGAAGAGCAAGACGGGCACAAUCAGCGUCAUCGGCCACUCGCAGGGCAACCUCGACAUCCAGUGGGCCCUCAACUUUUGGCCCUCGACCCGGCCGUUGGUCAAGAGCUUCACGAGCCUCGCCGGCGACUUCAAUGGCACCGACGAAGGACCGUUCCUCUGCGGCAUUGGGAACCUCACCUCGACUGGCUGCACGCCCGCAACGAUUCAGCAGUCAACGACGAGGCUGACGGGGGGAGGGCCCAGCGCCUUUCUGGCUGCGCUGCACACUUUCGGAGGAAAGGCGCUGGUCAAGACGACGUCGCUCUUUACGCGGUACGACGAUGUGAUCCAGUCGGAGCAGGAGCCCUACCCCACAAGCCGGCUCCCUGGCGCGGACAGCAUCGCUCUCCAAGAUGAAGGCAUCUGUGGCCCAGCGCACCUGGCCGAGCACUUUACCAUGCUCGUCGACACAGCUGCGUUUGCCCUGGCCUACGACGCCCUGACGCACGACGAGGGCGAUGCGACGUCACGCUUCGACAAGCAGUACUGCUUCCACUACAUAAACGAGACGCUGGUAGAGGGCGACUUGCAGCUGUUUGCAAAGACGCCAGACAUUGUCAAGUCCAUCGUUCUCGACGUGUCCUCGUUUGAGACGGAGCCACAACAGAAGACGGAGCCAGCGUUGAUGAGCUACGUGUGCGAGAGCGGAAGCGCAGAAAACUGUGGCUGAGGCACCUCUCGCUCUUUUCACUUCACUUUGUGGGAGAAGGAAGAAUGCCCUUCUGACUUGGGCUAGGCCACAAUUGGAUGGGCGGCGGGCUGACCAGAAUCCAAUCUACUUCCAGUGGUGUAGCGGCGGUGGCUACCCCAACCACUUAUCUAAGCCUCCCCCCCUCUUACCCAUCGUGUAUAGUAGUUGUAGAUCACCCGUUGCUGCGGUGAUGAGAAAAGAAAAGCCUGGCUUCCCUGAUGCCGGGCAUUGCAACCG